UCCGCCCUUGCAUGGGGUAUAAAAGCUGCCGCCGGUGGUCAGAAUUUUUUAUCGCAAGCUUGAGGCCAGUCACUCAAAGUCGAAUACUUGUGCAGUCUCCUCAGGAGAGAGCAAAACUUGAGUAGUCAUUUGACGGUUUACAGAAUCUCCGAAAUACUCUCCUAAAAUGGACAAAAGCGUCGGAAUUCUGGUGAUCAUGUUCAUCGUGGCGGUUAGCGGGCAAGAGUAUGAUCUAACGAUGAAUGACGAGUAUGUUGUGGAACAACACCAGACGCCCUCAAGCAACGAAGUGGCUAGGAUGAUCAAGCGACUUGCCAUUGGCAUCCAACGCAUUCAAAUGUUGUCAACUGAAGAUCGCGAUGACAAAUUGUUCUGUGUGGUCUGUGAAGAAAUGAUGACUCUCCUGUAUAGCGUGAGCACUGACAAGGAAUUGUUGGACCUGUUGCAAAAAGUCGAGAGGCAGGUCGCGUGUACUUACUUGUUCUCUGAGGGUUUCAAGUCUUACUGCGAAGACUUCGUGGACGACAUCGAAAUUCCAGACCUGCUCAAGGCGUUUGCAAACACCUAUUUGUGGGCCGGAGGCUGA